AUAUCGAUGUGGACAGCGGUGGAGGGCAAUACCAUUUUCUAUCAUCAAGGAGCUUUAUAGCUCUGAUUUCGAGCGUCUUGAAUCUCGCAUAAACCGUGAAUAUUGCGGACCGCGACCAUCAGUGAAAGGAGUCGUAGACAUUUGAUUAACGAGGUGUAGCCUUUCUGAAGGUGCUAUACGGAAUAUAGAACUCCCAGAAAUUUACAUGCACCAGAUACACGCAUCAUCGCUCAGGAAGGGUCCUUGAUGAAAAUAAACGGUCUACAUAGUCUAACCUGUCUUCAACCAACAUGGAGUGGGUAUCUUUACAACACACCAGAAGAAGUUCAUCAGUAGAGUUCGGAAGCAAAACGGGAAAUAUUUUGGAAGGUGGAAACAGUUUUCUGACAGUUUCAAGGGAACUCACGGAGGCGUAGUCAGUUGUGGUCGAUGAGCUGUGUUGUGUGACAUGUGAAUGUACAGGCAAACAACACCAUGAAGCAAGAGGCUUUAUUUUACUGUUACAGUGUGCAACACUGUGGCUGUGUCUUUCCUGUGGGCGACAGGCUAAGUAAGAGAAGUUUGUAGCGUUACCACAACAACAGCAACUGGAGAAUGGCCGCUUUAACUUUUCCAAAGGUCGAGGAAUGGCUUGACGCCAAUCCAGAGAACACUCAGGAUUAUUUCUUACGCAAAGCUGACAUGAUUUUGGUGAAUAAAUGGUUGGUGGCGCACGGAUUUCAGACAAUUCAAGAGUACCUGUCGGGUCGACGUGGAUCUCUGUCUCAGGACAGCAGCACGCCUAAUUCUCCCGUAGAGCUAAAAUGUGGAGACGGCUUCUUCUCCGAAACCCGGCACCAUAGAUCAAACUCCAAGAAACACCUACGACAGGAUUUCGCGAAGUCUAAAAUGAGAAACAUGUUCAGAACUUACGAGCUGCCUGCCUCGAGUGAUACAAGCACUGAAGCUCGACGGAGCAGUCUGAAGGAGAUGAGACAGUACAAGUCUCUACCCCCGACAUCUAUAAACAUGUUGAGCAUGCUGAUUCAGUCCAGAGUACGUCUACCUCGAUACCCCAGCAAAGACGCCGAUAUGAAGCGUGAAUUGAGGCAUAUUAAUGAGAGAGAUUUCUUCCUGGAGAUAGUCAAAGAUAUCUCUAACGAUCUCGAUAUAAAGAGUCUUAGUACGAAAAUAGUUGCCAAUGUUGGCUUGCUUGUGGAUGCUGACAAUGGGUCCUUGUUCUUUGUGGAAAAUAAAGCUGGCAAACAAAUUCUUGUGUCGAAACUUUUCGACGUUCACACGGGAGCUAACAUUCUGCCCGCCUCUGAGGUUGAGUGGACGACUCAGGUACCAUGGGGGAAGGGAAUCAUAGGUCACGUGGCAGAGACAGGGGAUACGGUUAACCUAAGGCAUGCCGGACAGGAUCCUCGCUAUUCGAACGACGUGGACCGAAUCACAGGCUACAAAACUGACUCCUUGCUGUGCAUGCCGAUACGUGACGCCGACGACGAGAUUAUUGGCGUUUCUCAAGUCAUCAACAAAAAUGGUGGGGAAGGCUUCACUGUUGACGACGAAAAGAUGUUGGCCACGUAUCUGACAUUCUGUGGAAUCGCCAUUCACAACGCCCACAUAUUCGAAGCAUACACGCGAGAGUACGAGAGAAAUAAGGCUUUGUUAGAAGUUGUCCAUGACCUGUUUGAGGAGCAGACAUCUUUUGAAAACGUGAUACAGAUGAUUAUGCAGAGAACCCAGACGUUGUUAAAAUGUGAACGAUGUUCCGUCCUUCUCAGAGAAAACACGAGCGAGCCAUCCUUUACCAAAGUCUUCGAUCUGGCGUAUCCAGUAAGAAAUGGUCACUCUAAGCUUAGGGGGUCUAGCUUGCCGAAUGCUCACGGUAUUUACACAUCCUACGACCACUUCGCUCUACCUCGUGCUCGUGCCCGGUGUUACAGCGCAGACAACCUGUCGGAUCUCAAAUUGGCCAACAAAAUAGCAGAGCUAGUGCUAGUAACUGGAGAGACAAUAAACAUCACGGACGCUUAUCAAGAUCCGAGGUUCGACCCCGAGACAGAUAAGCUGACCGGUUUCCACACACGAAGUAUACUUUGUAAGCCAAUUCGAAACAACAAGUUCCAGAUCAUUGGUGUAGCUCAAAUAGUCAAUCGCACAGAUGGACGGCCGUUUGAUGACUGUGACGAUCAGUUGUUUGAGGCUUUCGCCAUAUUCUGUGGGCUUGGGAUGACUAAUGCUAUGCUAUACGAGGAGGUGUUGAAGAUAUCCGCCAAACAGUCGGUUGCACUGGAGGUUCUAUCAUAUCAUGCCUCCGUGAAUGGCGAUGAAGUCAUGAAAACAAAGCUCCAGCCGGUACCGGAGGCAAACCACUGGAACCUUAAGAGCUUAACGUUCAAUGAUUUCUCCCUAAAUCGGGACGAGAUGGUCCUGGCUGGAAUCCGGAUAUUCCAAGACUUAGGACUCAUCCGCAGAUACAAGAUAGACUACGAGACACUCUGUCGUUGGAUGUUGACAGUUCGGAAAAAUUACAGAAAUGUGGCAUAUCAUAAUUGGCGGCACGCUUUUAACGUAUGUCAAGUGAUGUUCGCCAUCCUAACGCAAUGUAACAUGCGGAACCACCUUACGGAGAAGGAAUGUCUGGGUCUGGCUGUAGCUGCACUCUGUCACGACCUGGAUCACCGAGGCACCAACAAUGCAUUUCAACAAAAAACGAGUUCGGCCCUGGCUCAGCUGUACGGUACUAAGGCUACACUGGAGCACCACCACUUCAACCAUGCCGUUAUGAUCCUGAACAGCGAGGUCAAGUUAAGCUCAGGAAACCAAAGUGGCGCUAAGGGUAAUAACAUAUUUGCUAACGUCAGCUCCGAGGAAUACGUAGAGGUUAUGAAUAUCCUGAAGCAGGCGAUUCUAGCCACAGACCUCUCCGUCCAUCUACAAGGUCGAUCCAAAUUCUUCGCCAUGGUUGAGGAAGAUGGUGUUGGUUGGGAGGACAAAGAGAGGAAGACUGUUCUUCGUGACAUCCUUAUGACAGCCUGUGACGUGGCCGCCAUUACCAAACCAUGGGAGGUUCAGAGACAGGUAGCAGAUUUGGUCAUGUCCGAAUUCUUCGAUCAGGGCGACAAAGAGAGGAACGAACUAAAUAUUCAGCCUCAGGCUUUAAUGGACCGGGAAAGACAGGAUGAGCUGCCAAAGUUACAACUGGGGUGGAUCGACGGCAUAUGUCUGCCUCUCUAUAAGGCGCUGGCCAAAAUGGAGCCUAAGUUCCAGCCGAUGUUAGAUGGAGUACUGGCAAACCGACAACAGUGGGAAAUACUGGAUGCCGAGCGGCUAUCGAAGCAAGCGUUCAUUGAAACCGGAGUGUGACAUAUAGAUCGAGGUUCAUACAUGGAUAAAUUUAUAUAGUUAUAUAUAGUUACGUGUCCACGUAAUAUGACAUUGGAUGAAAUCACACGUGCCCAUACGAUGGCAUACUGUCAUCCUCAGUCAAUGACAUUUGACUAUCUGGCCUAGUGAUAAUAUGACAGUAACGACAACCAUUGCUGUCAAAAUCGUCUCAUGAAUUCAUCGCUAUUGGUACGAGUGUUGAGUGUUAAGGGAUUGAACAAAUCUGAUUCAUAAGUGUGUGCAUCUCGUGAGACGAAGCAAUGAUGAGGUCACUUUAUUUCAACGUCACACGCUUCCGAGAUAGCAGAAAUGGCCGGAGACCCGGCCCAGACGAUACGAGUUGUGAUCAAGACGAUGGUGCUGAGACAAAGACCCCAGGCCAGCAGCAGUAACACUGUAACAGCGUGACGUGGUGAUUAUUAGUCAAUGUGAUUUUUGCAAUGAAAGACAGCGAACAGAUAAACACUGAAAUCUCUGAGCCGUGUGGAAAGCCAAUGUCUUUUUACAAAGAGUUGUCUUGUAUUGAGGUCACUACAAUACUGUUAAACAAUCAAGGGGAGAUUACUCUCGGGGAAAAGAAAUGUACGAUAGAUAUGAAAGCGCGGACACAGAUGAACGAGUUCUCAAGAUCAAUCUUAAAAUAUUUUCACCAUAAAAAAUGUACAACAUAGAGAGUAAAACAGCAGGAGAGGCGACAUUGUGAUAACUGGCAGAUGCUCCCAGAUAACCAUGGCUUAACUUAGGAUGCAGACGUACCCUAAGCCUGGUGUGAACUUGUGAAAGAUUCGUGUGUUCAGAAUGCUGAGUGACUGGCCAAAGGUCACAUUGCAGCAAUAACUCUGUUUGUUGUACGACCAUUUUGCAGAGCUUGGCGUGAAAAAAGUGCAAAGUGGUAAAUCCGCAUCACAGACAUAACCGUACAUGGCUAAAGACACUUAUGUAUUGCUAUCCAUUAAGACUUAAAGCCCAACCACCGUGUCCACUUGUAAAUAGCGCAUAGGGGUAUCGGAGUUACAACAAUAUGUUGAUGUCCACCAAGCACAAUUUUACAAUGUCUUUACUACUUAUAAAUUUCAAACCUUUUAUUUAACUCUUGAUUUAAACUGUUGCACUUUUCAAUAACUUUACAACGUAGAUUAGUUACAUUCUAGUCUUAUUAUCAGGCUUAUCACACCUUAUGCAUAACAAAUGCAACUUUAUUCCAGACCAAAGCUAAAUCUAACUAAUUCUAACCGGUUUAAAUCUUAAUAAACUUCAUAAAACUCCUCAUUAAAGUUUUGCUGAAGUGUUACAAGAAAUAUGUUCGGAUGUUAUGUGAAAAUGGAUGUGCGUGAAUUUUCUUACUGCUUUUCUCAUGGUGUGAUUAUUACAGGUUCGAAUUAAUUAUUUUGGCACCAUCUUAUAAUGAACAGAACCCAGCGUAUUGUUAUAGUGAUGGGCAUGCGAACACUUCUACUGCUAAAACUGUCCUGACAUUUUGCCUUUAAAUAGUUGCUGUAAAAGACAUCAUUAUCUCUGUUAUAACUUUUAAUGCCACACUUCUGUCACUCUACAUCUUUUGUCAUUCCUCUUGCACACGGUGUUGUUUGGCAUAGUAAUAUCACGCGAUAUUUUAGUGGUUUUCUGUGCAGAAAUCAUCACUCAUGGCAAUGGUUAUCUUAUAAUAACACUUCACACAACACCGCUCAAAAAACUGGGUUAGAACGGUUGUCAUGGGCACCUGGCGAACACUUAUAGUCAAAAACUUAUAAUAAUAAGCAAAGAACUGAGCAUAAUCUUGCGCAAAGGCCAAAGUCUGUAGUGUUACAUUUUGAUUAUCUCACGUAUGACGUCCUGCGCAUGCGUACUGCUGAACUACUCGAAACGGCUGCCUGACUUAUAUAAGACUGAAUUAAUAUUUUUCUCAGUUACAAAACCAGAUUUUCACAAUGUUUGUAAAAAAGCAAACGUGUAAGGCUUCCCGCCUAAAGUCACCUGUACAGUGUAAUAUUUGUAGUCUAUUGUUCAUUCCUGUUAGCUGGAUGACGUUUUUUGGGCAAACUGAUGACGUAGUACAUACAUCUUGAAAGAUAACAUUAAAUAGUUAAUCCAAGUUGGGAAAUGACCGAUCGGCAAAAGAUGCCCCCUUUCUUGCCCUGUUCGCCGAAAAAACCUC